AUGGCUACCGAAAAUCCCUUGGAGGACCGUAUCUCCACUGCCCCCUUUUCAGAGCAAGGCCCAAGAUGGGAUAGCUGCUGGAAAGAGGCAUUGACGCCCUGGGACCGCGGCACCGCCUCCAUCGCCCUCCACGACCUCCUCUCCCAAAGACACGAUCUUGUGCCGCCUUCGCAGCAUCAGGACCAUCGCGGACAUCCUCUGCGAGACUCGGCAGGCGCUGUUCAAAAGAAGACGGCUCUAGUUCCCGGCUGCGGUCGCGGCCAUGAUGUUCUGCUCCUGAGCUCGUGGGGCUACAAUGUGUGGGGGCUCGACUACAGCGCUGCUGCAAAGGAGGAAGCGAUCAAGAACCAGAAGCAAGCCGAAUCAGAGGGUCUAUAUAAGCCAAUCGAAGGGCUGGACAAAGGCGAAAUUCACUGGGUCACGGGCGACUUCUUCCAGCAGGACUGGGUCAAGGGUGCUGGCGCCGACGGCAAGUUUGAUCUUAUCUACGAUUAUACGUUUUUGUGCGCCCUACCUCGCGAAGCAAGACCGAAAUGGGCCAGGCGUAUGACGGAGCUACUUUCUCAUGACGGCCGGCUCAUCUGCCUCGAAUUUCCCUCAACAAAACCCAUGUCCGCCAACGGCCCCCCAUGGGGUGUCUCUCCAGAGCUCUACGAGGCCCUCCUGGCAUCUCCGGGCGAGGAGAUUGCGUACAACGACGACGGUACCGUUCACGAGGACCCCUCUUCAAAACCUUGGGCCGAUGCCCUACAUCGAUUGAGUCUUCUCAAACCAACUCGGACUCACAAGGCUGGCAUCAGCCCAGAAGGCGCGGUGCUUGACUUCCUCUCUGUUUGGAGCCGAUAG